UAUAAUGUACACAUAAUGUGCAGAACUUCAUCCAACACCCUGUGGUGUUUUAGUCCACACUGCUGCUAUCAGAAGAUAAUCAAUAUUUGGUUUGUGUCAUGUUGUGUAUCGUUAUGUUGAGAGAGAUGAACUGAUUUCAUUUUAAUGACAUUUCUUUCUUUUUCUUUUUAUUUCAUUCAUUCAUUGAAAAUAAUUCCAUUGUCUAUUUUUACAGCAUUCGUAAAAUGAUUUUAAAGAGUUAUAAUAAUUCCUUUCGUAAAAUAACAAGGCGUAUAUUUGGUAUUUAAAUGAAUAAUAAAUUGUGAGCGAAAGUUGUUUAUAAAAAGGUUCGUCUGAAAGAAUUGUGCUAGCUUUGCACGGACGUAAACAAAAAUGGCUGCCAAUGUGUCAUUUCGCUGGUUGGAAAUUUUGGAAAAUGAUUUCGACAAGGCUUUUGUUGAUCUCGACCUGUUGCUAGGGGAAAUAGACCCCGAGCAAUAUGAACUUACAUGUGAUGGGAGACAGAAAAUGACUGCUUUGAGUGCGGCAUUCGCUCAGCUCUGGCACAAGGCACAGACUAUCUUCCAGUAUAAUGUGAAAUUAGAAGUAAGUAUCCAGUUUUCCUGCAGUGGUAAUUAUAUUUAUUUCAACUGGUGGGAUAAAUUUUCCCUAUUUUUUUUUAUUAUAUAUUCAAUUACUAACUUUUGAGAAAAUCCCCCCCCCAAAAAAA